UUGUAUUUAUUGUAUUUGACCUAGCAAUCCCGUCGCUAUGUUGUACUAUAUAACACAAAUUGUGAAGCAAUACAAAUCAAGGAAAUUGAUAACCUAACAAUCUUAUCAUGGUAUCGGAGCUAGCAGCCUAGCAAACCCUAUCAUCUCAAAAAUUUUGUUUUUCCUCGUCUAUUACUUUCAUUCCUUUCAAACGCCGUUUCCAGUAGAGUUUGAAGCUUCACCAGCGUUGAUUGCUAACAAAUUCUCAUGGACAACGACGGUAAAAUCGAUCCCGCGUCUCCGUAUUACCUAAGUUCUGGAGAUCAACCGGGGCUUAUUAUCACCCAUGUAUUGUUACGGGGUGGUAUUAACUACAUGGCAUGGGCUAGGGCUAUGCAGCUCUCGCUACAAUCGCGCCGAAAAUUUGUGUUUGUUGAUGGAACAAUCACACAACCUAUGGAGAAGAAGAAGCAACUCGACUGGGUAACGGUUAAUUCUAUGCUCGUCUCAUGGAUGUUGAAGGGCAUGGAGCCCAAGAUUGCUACUUCUAUUCCCUAUCAUGACAAUGCUAAGAAAUUGUGGGAUUACUUAGCCAAGAAAUAUGGUAUUGCAAAUGGUCCUCGUCUGCAGCAGCUACGUGGUGAGAUUGUUGCGUGCAAGCAAGUCAAGGGGAUGACAAUUGAAGAAUACUACACGACUUUGACGGGUUUGUAUGACGAUUUGGUGCAAUUCAAGCCUUUACGCUCUUGUGAAUGUGGUAACUGCUCCUGUAAUAUGGUUGGGAAAUUGCAAGAGGACAGAGAUGAGGAGAUCUUGCAUCAGUUUUUAAUUGGGGUAGAUGAUGAUCUCUAUGCAACGGUACGUACGAACCUCUUAUCCAGGACUCCUUUGCCAACAUUAGAUGAAGCCUACCUAGCAUUUGAGCAAGAAGAACGCUCAAGGGGAAUUGCUUUGUCCAAUGCUGCGAAAGAACAAGUUCACACGCAAUCUAUCUUUGCGUUACAGGCCGAGCAACGUCCCAAGGCUCGCUAUGAGAGGUCCGACAAAUCCCAACUGAACUGCACUCGUUGCAAGCGCAAUGGACAUGACAACAGUACGUGUUUCAAGCUUCACGGAUACCCGGAGUGGUACGAUGAGAUGAAGCAACGUCGUGCAAAGGCUGGGUCGUCUACAGGUGGUGUUGUGCCCGUGACGGCAGCUCGCAGUCGCGGAGGUAUACCCGCGAGAGCUAAUGCAAUUUCUACUACCAAUGUAGGGGAGAGUAAUGCUUUGGGCGUGACUGAGAGUGGUAAUGUUACCACUUUUGCUGAUUAUACUCCUGAGCAAGUAAGGACAAUCAUUAAUAUGCUCAACAGUACCUCCCUCAACAAUAAAAACUCCAACAAUAAUAAUGCACAGUUGGACAAAAUGACAGGACCAACGUUCGGGGAGCCUGAUUGGAGCCGGUGAACGGAAAGAUGGACUCUAUUAUUUUCGGGAAGUUCCUACAGUGUGUGCGGUGACCGUUCCUGGAGUGUCUACAUUUGAGCUAUGGCAUCGUCGUCUGGGGCAUCCGUCUGAUAGAGUUCUCAAGUUAGUUCCUGCAAUUAAGAAUUGUUCUAGUAAUAUUAUGAAGAAAUUGAAUAAAGCAUGUGAUGUUUGUCCGCAAGCUAAACAACAUCGUGAUAGUUUUCCAGUUAGUGAUAGCAAAGCCAAUAGAAUAUUUGAAUUGAUACAUUGUGAUCUGUGGGGGCGUAACUCUAUACCUUCCACUAGUGGUGCGCAUUAUUUUUUGACAUUAGUCGAUGAUUUUUCUAGAGCAGUUUGGGUGUAUUUACUACAUUCAAAAACAGAAGUUUAUAAAGCUUUUCGUUCUUUUUUUUCCAUGAUUGAACGUCAAUUUGAAACUACUGUUAAAUUGGUUCGAAGUGAUAAUGGCACGGAAUUCAAAUGCAUGUUGGAUUAUUUUAAUGAAAAUGGAAUUAUUUUUCAAACCUCGUGUGUUGGUACUCCUCAACAGAAUGGGCGGGUAGAACGGAAACACCAACAUAUUUUGAAUGUUG